AUGCUGUCCAAGAGAAACCCAGAGGCUCCAAUUCCUGGUCGGUAUCGCGCAGCAAAGGCUUCGGCCUUCACGCUCCAGUCGCGCAGGAUUCCUCGCGACAGAAUCAAAGACCGAGCUCCCAAAGACAAAGAGCGAGACAGCUCGGGUUCGGGCUCUGGCUCGAUUGGAAGUAAGAGUCGAAGAGUCGAGCAGCGUCGGAAAUUCGACAAGCCCCCAGACGUAACAGCCCCCUCAACAAGCCCAGUAGUAAUGCUCCGCGUGGGCCCAGAAAAGCGCCUGUUCGCCGCACACGAAGCCAUCCUCCACGCAUCCCCCUUCUUCGCAGCGCACUGCGCAGCCCAAACACCAAAUCCGAAUGCGCCACGGCCAAGACUCUCCCUCCAACCACCAAGCAAGCGCAUCGAUCUCCCAGAUGAACAACCCGAAGUCCUCUCCUGCGUCCUCGAGUACCUCUACAAGGGCGACUACUACCCGCGUCUACGACACAAUCGCCAGACCCAGACAUGGGAGCUGGAGGACGCCGAUGCGGGCGUUGGCGCCGGCACUAGUGGGGAAUUAGGACAAGCGACGGCAACGGUGUUUCAUCAUCGUGCGCAGGGGGUGAUACUGCGGGAUACGGCUAUUUACUGUGCAGCAGAAAAAUACAACCUCCCCCAUCUACAGCGUCUCUCGCUGCGCAAGCAGGGCCUUCACACUGGGAUCCAGUGUAGCACGAUACUUGCGAGUGCGCGGUUUGCGUAUGCUAACACGCCGGACACAGAGUCGAAGCUGCGGGCGCAUUACCUUGCGCUGAUUGUGCGGUCGAGGAGUACUUUCAUGCGUAGUGGGACUAUGCAGGCGGAGAUGGAGCGUGGGGGGAAGUUUUUUUUUGAUCUUUUUGUUGCUUUGUGUAAUCAUAUGGAUGAUUAUACUGGUCAGUCGGUUGACAGUUCUGCUGUUACGACUCAUCGUUAG